AUGAUGAUGGCAAGAAAGCAAGAUGUUCGCAUUCCCACCUACAACGUCAGCGUGGUGGGGUUGUCUGGGACGGAGAAGGAGAAGGGGCAGUGUGGCAUCGGGAAAUCCUGCCUCUGCAACCGCUUCGUGCGGCCCAGCGCCGACGAGUUUCACUUGGACCACACCUCGGUCCUCAGCACCAGUGACUUUGGGGGAAGGGUGGUCAACAACGACCAUUUCCUCUACUGGGGGGAAGUCGUGCGUUCCCUGGAGGACUGCGUGGAGUGUAAGGUGCACGUGGUGGAGCAGACGGAGUUCAUCGACGACCAGACCUUCCAGCCUCACCGCAGCACAGCCCUGCAGCCCUACAUCAAGAGGGCCGCGGCGACCAAGCUGGCGUCGGCUGAGAAGCUCAUGUACUUUUGCACUGAUCAGCUCGGGCUGGAGCAGGACUUUGAACAGAAACAGAUGCCGGAUGGGAAGCUGCUGGUGGAUGGUUUUCUCCUCUGCAUCGACGUCAGCAGGGGGAUGAACAGGAACUUUGACGAUCAGCUCAAAUUCGUUUCAAACCUUUACAAUCAGCUAGUGAAAACGAAAAAGCCCAUCAUGGUGGUGCUGACCAAGUGUGACGAAGGCGUGGAGCGGUACAUUAGGGAUGCACAUACCUUUGCCUUAAGCAAAAAGAACCUCCAGGUGGUGGAGACGUCGGCGAGAUCCAACGUGAACAUCGACUUGGCUUUCAGCACCUUGGUGCAGCUGAUCGAUAAGAGCCGGGGGAAGACGAAAAUCAUCCCCUACUUCGAGGCUUUGAAACAGCAAAGCCAACAGAUAGCUGCUGCUAAAGACAAGUACGAGUGGCUGGUCAGCCGCAUCGUCAAGAACCACAACGAGACGUGGUCCAACGUCAGCCGCAAGAUGCAGUCCUCCUCCGAGUACCAGGACUACGUCUACCUGGAGGGAACCCAGAAAGCCAAAAAGCUGUUCCUGCAGCACGUCCAUCGCCUCAAGCAGGAGCACAUCGAGCGCCGGAGGAAGAUGUACCUCGCCAUGCUGCCUCAGGCCUUCGAAGCCCUCAUCCCAGACCUGGAUGAAAUAGAUCACCUGAGCUGCGUGAAGGCGGAGAAGCUCUUGGAGACGAAGCCGGACUUUCUGAAGUGGUUUGUUGUCCUGGAGGAGACCCCCUGGGACGCCACGAGCCACGUGGACAACGUGGAGAACGAGCGCAUUCCCUUCGACCUGAUGGAGACCCAGCCCGCCGAGCAGCUCUACGAAGCUCACCUGGAAAAGCUGAGGAACGAGAGGAAAAGGGCGGAGAUGAGAAGAGCUUUCAAAGAGAACCUGGAGACUUCCCCUUUCAUCACGCCUGGGAAGCCCUGGGAGGAAGCUCGCAGCUUCAUCAUGAACGAGGAUUUUUACAUGUGGCUGGAGGAGUCUAUUUAUAUGGAUAUCUACAGCAAGCACCAAAAACAGAUCAUCGAGAAGGCCAAGGAGGAGUUUCAGGAGCUGCUCUUGGAGUACUCGGAGCUGUUUUACGAGCUGGAGCUCGACGCCAAACCCAGCAAGGAGAAGAUGGGCGUCAUCCAGGACGUCUUGGGCGAGGAGCAGAGGUUCAAAGCCCUGCAGAAGCUGCAGGCCGAGCGGGACGCCCUGAUCCUGAAGCACAUCCACUUCGUGUACCACCCGACGAAGGAGACGUGUCCCAGCUGCCCGCUCUGCGUCGACUCCAAAAUCGAGCAGCUGAUCAGCUCCCGCUUCAUCCGGCCCUCGGAGCGCAACCAGAAGAACCUGCUCUCGGACCCCAACAUCGACAGGAUCAACCUGGUGAUCCUGGGCAAGGACGGCCUGGCCCGGGAGCUGGCCAACGAGAUCCGGGCGCUCUGCACCAACGACGACAAGUACGUCAUCGAGGGCAAGAUGUACGAGCUGUCCCUCAGGCCCAUCGAGGGCAACGUCCGGCUCCCCGUGAACUCCUUCCAGACCCCCACCUUCCAGCCCCACGGCUGCCUCUGCCUCUACAACUCCAAGGAGUCGCUGUCCUACGUGGUGGAGAGCAUCGAGAAGAGCAGGGAGUCGACCAUCGGCAGGAGGGACAACCACUUGGUUCACCUCCCCCUGACGCUCAUCCUGGUCAACAAGAGGGGGGACCCGAGCGGGGAGACGCUGCACAGCCUGAUCCAGCAGGGCCAGCAGAUCGCCAGCAAGCUGCAGUGCGUCUUCUUUUUUUUCUGCGGCCGCAACAUCAACGAGAAGCAGAUCAGCCAGGUCCUGAAGGGGCUGCUGGACUCCAAACGCAACUUGAACCUCGUCAGCUCCACCUCCAGCAUCAAAGACCUGGCGGACGUCGACCUCCGGAUCGUCAUGUGCUUGAUGUGCGGGGACCCCUUCAACGCCGACGACAUCCUGGUGCCCAUCCUGCAGUCCCAGAGCUACCGGCCCUCCCAGUGCGGGAGCAGCAGCUCCGUGCUCCUCGAGCUGGCCAUCGGGCCGCACAAGAGGCGCGUGGAGCUCUCCCUCCUGUCCUACCACUCCUCCUUCAGCGUCAGGAAGAGCCGGCUCGUCCACGGCUACAUCGUCUUCUACUCGGCGAAGCGCAAGGCGUCCCUGGCCAUGCUGCGUGCCUUCCUCUGCGAGGUGCAGGACAUCAUCCCCAUACAGGUCGUGGCGCUCACGGACGGCUCCGCGGACAUCCUGGACAACGACCUGAGCAGGGAGCAGCUCACGGAGGGCGAGGAGAUCGCCCAGGAGAUCGACGGCAAGUUCACCACCAUACCUUGUAGCCAGCCGCAGCACAAGCUGGAGAUCUUCCACUCCUUCUUCAAGGACGUGGUGGAGAAAAAAAACAUCAUCGAGGCCACCCACAUGUACGACAACGUGGCCGAGGCCUGCAGCACCACGGAGGAGGUGUUCAACUCGCCUCGGGCGGGCUCCCCCCUCUGCAACUCCAACCUGCAGGACUCGGAGGAGGACGUCGAGCCCCCCACUUACAGCCCCUUCAGAGAGGACGCGUCGGUGCCCGCCCUGCCCAAAGACCACUCGAAGCUCUCCAUGGAGCUGGAGGGGAACGACGGCUUGUCCUUCAUCUCCGUCAUGAGCACUUUUGAGAGCAAGCUGAACAACAAAGUCCCUCCUCCGGUGAAACCAAAGCCCCCCGUGCAUUUCGACCUGACGAAGGGCGACCUG